CUUCCAAGUGUAGGUGGUGCGAGUAGUCAGAAGUCAGGUCAGAAAUGAUGACUGGCACAGUUCUCAGAUUCACACAGAACACAUAACACAUUCAAUUGAUUUGACAAUAACAAAGUUGCAGCUGCGUGUUACUGAAGUUCUGUGUGUUUAAUUGAAGAAAUAGUAAAACUUGUUUAAAUCAUCAUGUUUCUUUGGGACUGGAUUACCGGAGUCCUUGGGUACUUAGGUCUUUACAGCAAGUCUGGAAAGCUACUUUUCCUAGGUCUUGACAAUGCUGGCAAGACUACCCUCUUGCAUAUGCUGAAAGAUGAUCGGCUUGCCCAGCACGUGCCAACUCUUCAUCCAACAUCUGAAGAGCUUUCAAUAGGCAACAUGAAAUUCACUACAUUUGAUCUGGGAGGACAUCAACAAGCUCGUCGAGUAUGGCGGGACUAUUUUCCUGCUGUUGAUGCCAUGGUGUUCUUGGUAGAUGCUUGUGAUCGUUCUCGUUUACUAGAGAGCAAAGUUGAGCUUGAUGCUCUACUCACAGAUGAAACACUUGCAAACUGUCCUGUUCUUGUUCUUGGAAACAAGAUUGACAGACCAGAAGCAUGCUCUGAAGAAGAACUUCGUGGAUGUUUUGGCCUUCACAGUACAACAGGAAAAGGCAAGAUUCCAAGAUCAGAAAUUCGGGGAAGGCCACUUGAAUUAUUCAUGUGCUCAGUUCUCAAACGCCAGGGAUAUGGUGAAGGUUUCCGCUGGCUUGCACAGUACAUCAAUUAAGAAACGGAAGUUAAUUAUUUUUACAGUGUAUUUGCUCCUACACAGAUUCACUGUGUAGGAUCAUUGGCUGUGUUUCAUUGUUCAGUCGGGUGUGUUUUAAAUAAAGGGUCGUUUGUAAUAGCCAAUGCAAAAGAAUCUUAAGUAUAGCAAGUCAUGACUGUGGGUCGGAGGAUUUGUUUUAUGCUGAACAAGUCUGAGCUCAGUGUCCAAGUACAGCAAAAGAAUGACCUUUGAAACAAACCAACCUCUUUUGAAACAGUGUCUCAAAAGACUCUGUUUUUCUGUUGUGUUUUUAUUAGAAAAUCUUUCAUGCUAAAAUUGUAAAGCUUUAAAUUAUUUUGGCAUACCACGUGCAACCAUAAAAUUGGAGAGUUCUGCUUCCUACAGUUUGGUUGUGUUUUGUUUGGAGGAUGUUGGGAGUCCCCAGCCCCACCUUUUUUU